AGCCAGCUGGCGUGACUCCGCCCAACCGAGUCAGCCUCGACAGGCAUAUCUAACGCAUCUGUAUUACCGUAGUUUGGCACGCGCAUUUUACGCUCGGUGUUGAGGCCAAAUCCGCGCUCGCGCACCCAAAUCCGUUUACAGUCCGGUAGUGGAGAGGGCCCGGCGCUCGGUUCUCUGCUCCGUCAGUCCAGACAUCCGCACGGUCACAGCCCCGGAGAGACGUUACACGGCGCGGGGAGCGGCGGCGGUGCCUCGGCGACACACUCGGACAGAGCAGGAGCACUUCGGAGAGGAAAGAAUGGCGGAUUCGAGCAGCACCGCAGCGGUCGGGGCCGCGGGCUCAGACAGCGUCGCUGCUGCUGCUGCUGCCGGGGCGGCUGCCACUGUUGCGCAGGAUGUCGCGCCCGGAGCCGCGGGACCCAAGCCCGUGUCCGAGUCCGUGAAGGGCCAGCUAUUUGACGUGGGCCCCCGCUACACGAACCUGUCUUACAUCGGGGAGGGGGCGUACGGAAUGGUGUGCUCUGCCAUGGACAACGUGACAACCUCGCGCGUUGCCAUCAAGAAAAUCAGCCCCUUCGAGCACCAGACGUACUGCCAACGCACACUGAGGGAAAUCAAGAUCCUGCUGCGUUUCCACCAUGAGAAUAUCAUCGGCAUCAACGACAUUCUCAGGGCACGGCAAAUUGACAACAUGAGGGAUGUCUACAUCGUGCAGACUCUGAUGGAGACGGACCUGUACAAGCUGCUGAAGAGCCAGAGGCUGAGCAACGACCACGUCUGCUACUUCCUCUACCAGAUCCUGCGAGGCCUCAAGUACAUUCACUCGGCCAACGUGUUGCACCGUGACCUCAAACCCUCCAACCUGCUCAUCAACACCACCUGCGACCUCAAGAUCUGUGACUUUGGCCUGGCGAGGAUAGCCGACCCUGAGCACGACCACACAGGUUUCUUGACCGAGUACGUGGCCACGCGUUGGUACAGGGCUCCGGAAAUCAUGCUCAACUCCAAGGGCUACUCUAAGUCCAUCGACAUUUGGUCAGUGGGCUGCAUCCUGGCUGAGAUGUUGUCCAACAAGCCGAUCUUCCCUGGGAAACACUACUUGGACCAGCUCAACCACAUACUGGGCGUCCUCGGCUCCCCGUCUCAAGAAGAUCUGAACUGCAUCAUCAACAUGAAGGCGAGGAACUACCUGCAGUCCCUGCCUGAAAAACCCAAGAUCCCCUGGGAGAAGCUCUUCUACAAGGCCGACUCGAAAGCUCUGGACCUGCUGGGUCGCAUGUUGACCUUUAAUCCCAUCAAGCGCAUCAGCGUUGAGGAGGCCCUGGCUCAUCCUUAUCUGGAGCAGUACUAUGAUCCCACAGAUGAGCCGGUAGCGGAGGAGCCCUUCACUUUCCAGAUGGAGCUGGAUGACCUUCCCAAAGAGAAGCUGAAGGAGCUGAUCUUUGAGGAAACGGCUCGUUUCCAGGAAACCUACCAGGGCUCCUGAGACACACAGCCCUAAAGAGUGACAACGCCACGCAGAGGCUCGGAACAAGAAGACUCCAAACGACAUGCUAAAACAAAGAAAAAAAAAAACCAACAAAUCUUCAAGAAACCAACAAAAAAGAGAAAACACGAACAUUUAACUGCUUAUCUUUCCAUUUCUACUGCAAGAGAGAGCUAAGUUCAACUUUGAUUUCUGUGGUUGGGUGGGGUGGUUGGGGUCUGUCGUACUCGUAUUGGUUUAGUUCUUUUCCCGUGUUGGACUCUCCCUCCGUUCACCUCCCAUGUUUGUGUUCCAGUCAAACGCCUCACCUCGUCCCAUCUGCAGUCACUCACUGCGCCUCUCUUCUCUUCUUCUGUACGGUUUGUUCAUCCUUCACCUGUCGCUGAUCUGUCUUUCCUCUCUGUCGCUCCCCCUCAUAUAAAAUCAUACUACUGUAUUAACCAACACCAUAACUCUCUCGUCUCGGCUCCAUGUAAAUCGCAACCUGGGUUAAAGUCGAGGGCUAAAAGAACGGGGAUGCUAAUCCGGUGUGAGUAUGUAUAUACAAAAAAAAUAUAAAAAACCUUCUCUUUUUUUGUUUUUUUUCGUCGUUGUUUUUUUAAGUGUGCUUGUCGCAGUUUUCGUUUGUACACAACGUUGUUUGCGUGUUUUCGGAUCAGUUCAGAGUCGUAAUGUUUGUGUUGGGGUUUAUAUUUGCAAGUCAUUUUUUGAACACUUGAUUUUGAGACAAACAUUCAGUGUUUUUAUCGGCAUGUUGGCAAGUUUAUAGAUUUCUUUGUUGUCGCUCUUUUUGGAUUUUCUUUUUGUUUUUUAAAGGAAAAAAAAAAAAAAAACUGUAUGAUGUUGAUUAUGAAUGCAUGCAUUCCUGAAAUUUACCAAAGUGGCAGAGAGACGCGAGGAACUUGGCUGGGGAGCCACUAAGAAAUAUCAGUUUUUAACCUUAACCACAUUUCUUGACCUACAACUCGAAUCAAGGGCAGAGAAACGGAUGUUGAACGGUUGUUUUCAGGAUGGUUCUACGUGUUUGGAGCAAAACAAAGCAUAAAAUAGUUUCUACGAUCAAGUGUUCUUUCAGAUAUUACAACUGUGAUGCCUAAGCCCCAUUUUCCAGAACGUUCAUGGAGCUCUGUGCCAUGUCGAAACAUUUAAUUUCUCCCCCCCCCCCAACAUAUUGUAAAAAAAUCAGAGGCUUGAAACACCAAAACUGUAACGACCAGUACCGACCGGACAAGAUGCAGAUAUGCCACAGAAACACUGAUGUAAGACACUGGUGUAACAUUACUGUAUUCUCCACAUUCUGCCGUGUAACAUCCCUUGUCCAUUAAAUACAGCCAACACCAAACAGCUGAUCCAGUGUCAGUAUUACAUUCCUAUAUCAAAUUACAUUCCUGUAACACACACAGCGGCUGACUGGUGAACUGCUUGUGUCAUGACACCGCUGGAGCCCCCUGUGGUUCCUCAGCUCCUCUGACUCCUGAUUGUCACUCAAUCCUCAGUUUUUAGGGAAACAGCCUGUCUGGAAAAUGGGGGUCUGGUUGACUUUAGCCUUUGCAUUGUGCGAUGCUGUCUCAUGGAGGGAGGGCUUUGUGCCGGCUGGGACCUCGCUCAACAGCCGAGGCCCCACUCUGAACAACUCGAUCUUCAUGAAUUCAAGCGGCCAUUUUUAUUUUGUGGUUCUCUGGGCCCACAUACCUUUGUCACGGCAGACGUUUUGACUUGUCAUAGAAAGGAAAGAGCACACAUGAAAAUUUAGAUUUAGAGGGAUAUCAAACGUCCCAGUAAAUCAAUCGUGCCAGUAAGCUAGCGCACACACACAGUAACAGGACCCUAGUAGUCGCUCAUCUGAAUGGAAUGCCCUCAUUAUUAAUGUUUACGGCUAUAACGCGCCAGAAUGUCUGCUGCGGUAAGAGGCCUGUUGAUGCUGGUGUUGAAUGUAACUGGCCUUUGCUUUGUGGACUCUCCUCAGUUGUGUCCAUUGACAGAAAACCGCACCACUACUGAGAAAAACUGUGCACGUUACUGAUUUUAAUCAAGAGCAAAACAGAAGAGAGCUGUACAGUUACUCCUGCUCACAGCCGAGCAACCAUCAUCACUUCCUGGUCGUCCCGUAUAUAUCCCAGUUUGCCCCUCUCUGCGUGUUUUUAUUUCCUGUGCUCCUCUUCCUUCCUCCCUUUGUUUGUGUGUGUUUGUGUGUGUGUGUGUGUGUGUGUGUGUGUGUGUGUUUUCCUGGCCACCCGUUAACAUGCAGGAUGUGUGUUCUAUAAUGUGGGUGAUCCGGUGUCUGACGUAUCAUCGAGUGUGUGUGCACAAGUUGUUCUCUUUCUGUGUUCAUUGUUUCUGUCAGUUUUCAGCGUCUGCUCCCUGUUCUCCGUGACCGUUCUACUCGCUGCUUGGUGGACCUCCACCCACGGGUCCACCAGCUCCGUCUGCACUAAUCUUUUUGCCCGUUGCACUGGGACCAGUGUAUAGACCCAGAUCUGGAGCGCUCACUGGCCUCGCCCUCUCUCCCAGGGUUGUUCUUUCAGAAGCCAUAGCCACCACUCUGGGAUCGUCGUGAGGCUUUAUGGUGCAUGUGGCGACGCACGUUUUUGUAGUUCAACCCUCCCGACUCCCACCAUGCUUUACUAUUAGGGGAAAAAAAGGGCUGCCCCCUCUUCCUCCUCCCCUGUCUGCGUUUACGUACUCGCCCAUAUCUGCGUAUGUACUGUGGGAUGGGGAAAGACCCUCUGACCCACGUCACUGACUCUGCUGUCGCUUUCCUCCGUCAACCCCUCGUCUCUGAUCAUGGACAUGGUCAUAACGAGCAGGAAAACCCGCUCCGAUCACAUGACUCAAUCAGCACGCCAGCACUUUGUCUCUGCAGCCACGCUCUGACUCCUUCAAGGUUGUUUCGGAUUGGUCCUCUCCUCCCCUUCCUGUCUUGUAUCCUGCUCAUCCAGCUUUAAGUUUCACCUGCUGCGUGUGUGUGCGUGUGUGUGCGUGUGUGUGUGUGUGUUAAGACGCAUGGACUGUCUGCUGUAAUUUAUGUCUGUGUAAAAGUGUUUGUAUUUUUGCUUCUCAGUAACAUAAAGCCAAGGCUCUUUUUGUGUAGUGUGUGUGUUGGUGGUGUGUAUUUUCUCCUCACAGCUUGGGCCCUCUCCCUGCAGUUCUUUGCUUUUACAUCUGUGCGACUGUUUUUUUUUGUUUCUUCUUCUUCUUCUUUCCCCACAAAGAACAGUCGCACAGAUAUUUUUAUCUGCAUUUUUCUUCUGUAAAGUCGUUCACCAGUCAAACAGGACCUGCUUGCUUUUUUUUUUUUGUUUCUCUCCCUCCGACCUGCCACCAGACAAAACAUCCCACUGGGUAACUGUAGGAAUGAACCAAGAGGACCACGUUUUGCAAUCACACACACACACUCUCACACACACUUCCUCUCUUCGCCUGAGGAGUGUAUCCGUGUGAAAAGUUGCACUUAAACACACCGCAUACAUUCACACAGUAUCAACAAGUCGAAAGGCCCGUCUGUCAUGAGGCCUGUUUCCAGAUAUUGUUGUUUUUAAAUGGCUGUUCUUAUUAUUGCUAUUGUCGUUAUAUUGGUGAGUUGUUGUAUUUUUCUUUCUUUCUUGUGUUUUUUUUUUUUUUUACAUAAAAGGGAGUUAAAGAUGUAUCUUUUCUUUUUUUUAUUAUUAGGAUGUUUUUAUUUGUAUUUCUUCUUCCUUAUUUCUCUUAUGGGCUUGACUAUUGGCAGUGUUUUCAAUCUUUCGGAAACCUAGGCUGUUUUGUUUUUGGUUUUGUUUUUUUUAUUUCUCCAAGAUCUUACAAGAAAUUAUUUUAAAAGAAGAUAUAAGUAGAUUGUCAAAGAGAUAUGAGUUAUUAUUGAGGGUUAUAGUCUGUAUAUUCUAUGGGUAUUAUGAAUUAAACGAUUAACAAAGAAACAGAAUUAUAUACAUAUAAUUAAAUAAAAAUUUCCUGAUACUGUUA